UGUAUAAAAAGGGCUGUCUGCAAAGCAGUUGGCUGUGUCUGGACCUGAGGGGCAAUCCGACAGAAAGCAACGAUGCGCGCAAUUGAGCUGUUCUGCGUGGUCUUCUGGUGCCUCUGUGCAGCUGUCUGGGCCUCCACCAACCGCCAGCCUUGUCAGUCACCAUCUAUGACCAGUGGCACACUGAGUGUGAGCUCCACUGGUGGUCAUGACAUUGCAGAGGGGGAAUUCAACUACGAUUCCACGGCAAAGAAGCUCCGCUUUGUGGAGAAUGAAAGCCACUCGAACAAAACCUCCCACAUGGAUGUGCUCAUCCACUUCGAGGAGGGUGUACUGUAUGAGAUAGACAGCAAGAACGAAAGCUGCAAGAAGCAGACGCUGAAGUAUCGCCGGCACCCCAUGGAGCUGCCCUCCGACGCCCAUUACGAGAGUGAGGCGUAUCUGGGCAGCCCGUCCAAGUCCGAGCAGGGCCUGAGAGUGCGCACGUGGAACGGAAAGCUACCUGAUCUUCAUGCCAACUACACUAUGCUGACCACAUCCUGCGGGUGCCUCACUGUUUCCUGUUGCUACCACAGUGAGAAGACUGAUCUCACCUUCAGUUUCAUGAAUGUGGAGACGGAGGUUGACGACGCACAAGUCUUAGUCCCUCCGGCCUACUGCGAUGGUGUGGCUUUAGAGGACACACCCGAUGACCACAGCUUCUUUGACCUGUUCCACGACUGAGGUGGCUAAAAACACAUGAAUCAACAGAGACAGGAUGACGGCACACAAAGAAAGUAAAAAAAAAAUCUUUCCAAAACGAAGUUUUACUCUAUCUACUCUCUCCUCUUUCUCGUAAGCAAAUCUGACAUUCUUUAGCUCAAUCACCAUCUCUGUUUUCAGUUACAGUACUGUUUUGUCCUUUUGUAACUCUUUUUUUCUUAUGAAGUCAAUAAAUGCUGAGAAAAUAUA